UGUGUGUGUGUGUGUGUGUGUGUGUAGGAGGUGGAGAGGGUGACUCCCCGGCUCUGACGUCAUCGCCGUGGUCGUGUCCUGGUCAGUGAUAUGAGUCGAAGGAUCCGUGGUUCUCCUGCAGUUCUGCUGUCUGAGCUCCAGCCUGGUCACCAUGCGCGAGAUCGUCCACCUUCAGAUCGGACAGUGCGGCAAUCAGAUCGGAUCGAAGUUCUGGGAGGUGAUCAGUGAUGAACACGGCAUUAACGCGGUGGGGGCGUACGAGGGGGACAUGGACCUGCAGCUGGAGAGGGUCAACGUCUACUUCAACGAAGCGCACGGUGGGAAGUACGUUCCUCGGGCCCUGCUCGUGGAUCUGGAACCGGGCACUAUGGACGCUGUGAGAGGGAGCCGUAUAGGACAGCUCUUCAGACCCGACAACUUCAUCCAUGGGAAUUCCGGAGCUGGGAACAACUGGGCCAAAGGUCACUACACGGAGGGAGCGGAGCUGGUGGAGCAAGUGGUGGACCGUGUCCGCAAUGAAGCCGAGAGCUGCGACUGCAUGCAGGGCUUCCAGUUUGUCCACUCUCUGGGCGGCGGCACCGGCUCAGGCAUGGGCACGCUGAUCAUCAACAAGAUCCGAGAGGAGUAUCCGGACCGCAUCAUGAACAGCUUCAGCAUCAUGCCGUCUCCGAAAGUCUCCGACACCGUAGUGGAGCCGUACAACGCCACGCUGAGCAUCCACCAGCUGAUCGAGAACACAGACGAGACCUACUGCAUCGACAAUGAGGCACUGUACGACAUCUGCUUCCGUACGCUCAAGCUGACCACGCCCACCUACGGGGAUCUGAACCACCUGGUGUCCUUGACCAUGAGCGGGGUCACCACCUCCCUGCGCUUCCCGGGUCAGCUCAACGCCGACCUCCGCAAGCUGGCCGUCAACAUGGUGCCGUUCCCCCGCCUUCACUUCUUCAUGCCCGGCUUUGCCCCCCUGACGGCACGUGGCAGCCAGCAGUACCGCGCCCUCACCGUGCCUGAACUCACCCAGCAGAUGUUCGACGCCCGCAACAUGAUGACGGCGUGCGACCCCCGGCGCGGCCGCUACCUCACCGUGGCCGGCGUCUUCCGCGGCCGCAUGUCCACCAAGGAGGUGGACGAGCAGAUGCUGGCCAUCCAGCAGAAAAACAGCAACUACUUCGUGGACUGGAUCCCUCACAACGUGAAAGUGGCCGUCUGCGACAUCCCGCCCCGCGGCCUGAAAAUGGCCUCCACCUUCAUAGGAAACAACACGGCCAUCCAGGAGAUCUUCCGCAGGGUGGGAGAGCAGUUCUCCAUGAUGUUCCGCCGCAAGGCCUUCCUGCACUGGUACACGGGAGAGGGAAUGGACGAGAUGGAGUUCACGGAAGCGGAGAACAACCUCAACGACCUGGUGUCCGAGUACCAGCAGUACCAGGACGCCACGGCCGACCAGGAGUGGGAGGCGGAGGAGGAGGUGACGGAGGUGGAGGGACCUUCGUCUACAGUAACGAGCACCAAAGAGGAGAUAAUGACCAAGACAGUGACGGAAACCGGCAUCACUGAGUGAGGAACUGACCUGUCUGACUACGUGAAGGACAUUUCACAACAUCCCUUAAAUUCAGUUUAAUAUCUUUUUAUCAUUUUAUUGCUCCACCUCUUCAACACAAAAGACCACUUACACUUAACCACAAUCGCUUUAGACCACGGUGCAGAAAUGUUUUGUACAGUGUACAAGAAUUCGUUCUUUACAACUUAAAGAAUUUUUAGAUUAGUGCUUAUUUUGCUUCUCAUUUACUAAAUUAGUUUUAUGUUUUAUUUGCUGAAUGAAGGAAAAGUGUUUUGUAAAUAGUAAAAUAAAGCUACAAGUGAAAAUACACAAUUCUCAUUUCUGCAAGACAUCUUUAAAAGCAAACAGAGACUCUCAGGAAAAGCUGGAAGGCCUCGAGCAGAUCCCCUCAGAACUGGCACGUCACGCUCUGCCCGACCGUGCGGCCUGACAGGACACGAUUAAACUCAACCAGCUCUGCAGAAACUGAUAAGCAGCCCAGAAAAGAGCUUCCCUUCACCGCAGACCACCGGCCGCUCCCGCCGGAGCUAAAUUAAACUGAGCUCACAGUUUCAAACUCACAGCAGCACAAGUAUCACGGCGCCGCUGAGACGCCAGCAGCUGGGUCUGCUUUCAAAAUAAACUCAGAAUUUUCUUUAUUUUUCCUGAUAUACGUUGUUGGCAGUGAGUUUUACACAUACAAGAAACAUCAAUGCUACAUUAUGAUUAACCCUUUAUUAGAGGAAUAAAAACAUGUUUUUGUUGUACGUCAGAGCUCUUUUGUCUCACUCACUUUAUUUGAACAGAAUGCUGGUUUGGCCCAUUAAAGACUAAACACUGUAA